CCAAUACUUGUUAAUUCUCCUAAUCAAUUUCGUCUUUUACUCUCGUAUUUUUGGGUCUGCUGGAACAGCGAGGAGCUGAGUGACAGUGCCGUCACCAUGAAGAGGAAGAAGAAGGGAAAAUCGUCACAGUCGUCGAAGUCAAUUCCGCUUCUAACACUGAGAGCAGCCAAAAAGGAGGAAGAACCCAGUAGUCGCAGCGAAAGCCAAUUGCAAUUGGUCACCACCACCACCACACCCUUCAGACUCCCCGAUGAUUGGUCCGUUGAGGAAAAGCGCCGUCCCCUUAGAAAUACCUCCAGCCCCGCCCGAAUCGACAAGUAUUACAUUGAGCCUGGCACGGGAUUGAAGUUUCGUUCGUUGCCAGCUGUACAGAGAUACCUAACAGAAGGGCAAAUCGAAACACAUAUGAAGAAACUAAAACCAGGCAGUGAAUGCAAUAUGCAAAUUAUACCAGGCACCACCUGUACUUCGUCCUUUAUACUACCUGAUGAUUGGGAAAUUGAGAAAAAACAGCGAAAGAAUUCUCAUGUUAUAGACAAGACUUAUAUAGAGCCAGGGACUGGACAGCGGUUUCGCUCUUUAAGAGCUGUUGAGAGAUACCUAACAGAAGGGAAUGAAAAUACUCCAUUUAAGGUAUUGAUGCCUGCCAAUAAGUCUAGUGUUGUUCUUUUACAAUUACUGAUUAAACAGGUCCUCGCAGGUCGUGGAGGAAACAUGUGGAACCCCUUCAUGGACGAUUCUGAGGUCUCCGGUUGUGUAAAGCAAAAGUGGGCCGAGACUUUUAAAUCAUCCAUGUAUGGUGGAAACAUUAGUGCACCAAGUCAUAAGUUAUAACUGUUUUGUCAGACUGGAACUUCUGUAAUCUAUACUGUUUUAUUUGUUUACUUUAGAUGCUAGCCCACCCAAAGUUUUACCAGAUCCUUAACAUUUUAGCGAUAAGAUGUAUAUAUGGAUGUGUUUUCAUAAAAGGAGCAGUUUGUAACACCAAAGAACACAAUAAUACUCAUUUUGCAUUUAAUGACCA